AUGUCCUCCGAACGUCGACUCUCAGAUCUGCGUAAUUUAGUCAGUGGCUUGUACACUUUAGGGGCAACUAUUGGCACGGGUCAUUUUGCUGUUGUUAAACUUGCUCGGCAUGUAUUUACUCAGAAAGAAGUUGCUGUCAAAGUUAUUGAUAAAACCAAACUCGAUGAUAUAUCCAAAGCUCAUUUAUUUCAAGAAGUCAUGUGUAUGAAAUUAGUUCAACAUCCGAAUGUUGUUCGUCUUUAUGAAGUGAUUGACACGCCGAAUAAACUCUAUUUAAUUCUGGAAUUUGGAGAUGGUGGAGAUAUGUACGAUUAUAUUAUGAAACAUGUUAAUGGUCUUAGCGAAUCCAUUGCUCGGAGAUAUUUUCGACAAAUAUGUCGAGCAUUGAAAUAUUGUCAUGAAAUGCAUGUGUGUCAUCGAGAUCUUAAACCUGAAAAUUUGGUGUUUUUUGAAAAGCAAGGUGUCGUGAAACUAACUGACUUUGGAUUUUCCAAUCGAUUCUCACCUGGUAAAAAAUUACUAACUAGUUGUGGAUCACUUGCCUAUUCCGCGCCAGAAAUCCUACUCGGCGAUCCUUAUGAUGCAACGGCUAUAGAUAUUUGGAGUUUAGGUGUCAUUUUAUUUAUGCUUGUUACGGGCCGAGCACCAUUCCAAGAAGCCAAUGAUUCCGAAACAGUGAUGAUGAUUCUAGAUUGUUGUUAUAAACUUCCGUCAAACAUCUCCUCAGAAUGUCAAAAUUUAAUUCAUCGAAUGAUCGUUCGCGAACCAGAGAAACGUGCGUCAUUGGAUGAAGUCAUGUCUGAUACUUGGUAUCGUCAAUGUGAUGACGAUAACGACAAUGUUGAUGAUCAACAUUAUGUUGAUUCAUUACCAUUGAUAUCACAUAAAACGAUAUCACAAACUGAUCACGAAUCGAUUCUCCAACAGAUGAUCGAUGGAAAUAUUGCCGAACGAGAUGCAAUCAUACAUGCAUUAAAUGAAGAUCAAUACAACCAUAUCACAGCUACUUAUUAUCUCCUUGCUGAAAAAAUGUUGAAUGAUCGUUUAUGUGAAACAAACGAAGACAAUGAACAACGAAGUGCAAAACGACAACGACGUUUACAGCCAGCAAGUGAUCCAUUCACGGAACAAAUCGGUGUCUUCAUGUCACCAUCGUCAUCAAAUUUUCUCCAUGAUGACGUAUCUUCAUCAACAACACGAACAAGUUCAUUUGUUGACGAGAAUGUCGAUUGUAAUAAUAAUAAUAACGAGAUCUGCAAUAUUCCGGGAAAAGAAAAUCUACCGCCGGUGAUGACAACUCCACGACAAUCGAUUGACUGUUCAGCUGAACAAACAUUGCCAGCUUUAGUCGAAGAUGAAGAAGAACGACCGUCUGUGCAGCAACGUUCGACUACUGCGACGACACCAACUGCACCAACGCAAGCAAUGAGAAUUAUCCUUGAAGAAGAUGAAAAUUCGGAUUCGCCACCUGCUGAUAAAACUGCGGCUGCACUUCAACAACUAGGGAAUUUGUCUAAACUAAAUAAAAUAGUUGAAAGCGAAGAAGAAGAAGAUAAUGAUGAGGAUGGCGGUGGCGACGACGAUGAGAAUUCUUCGACACCAAAUACUACAGUAUUGCUUCACAAUGGCGGUUCAUCCGUCGUUGACAACUCAACAACGACCAGUGGAAUCUUACGUUCGAAAGAUUUACGAUCCGUAGUGGAGAAGAAACGCCGAAAUUUUUCUCGUAGUCGUUCCAGUUCAGAUAGUGAAGAUAAUGGAAGUAGUUUCGACAUGAAUCGUUCAUCCAGUCGAAAACAGCAAACACGUUCUCCUACACGGCCAUGCUCAUUUCAAGAAUUCAGUGAAACAAUCAAUGGCGAUGGAACUAAUUUCUUACAGCAACAACAACAACAGCAAAUCAUUUCCAAUACUAACACAAAUACUGACAAUCCUAAACGUCGAAGUUUCUCUCGUGCUAGUUCAAUUGCAUCUAAUAAUCGUCUAACGUUGAAUAGUGCAACUGACGAAAUGAACAACGAAAUAUCUGCCACACCAAGCUUAACGCUCAUGAAUGAUCGUACACGUAGUCUAUCGACUGAACAUCGUCUUGCUAAUCCAUCACAGAUGUCAAUAGCAUCUCGAACAUCUAUACGUUAUUCCACACCGCGUGAAUCGACUGUGUUUACAAAGACAGAUGCACCGCCAGUUGUACGUUUACUGCAACAAACUCCACAUCACGAUACAACGGAUGCAAUCAAGACCAUUAUUGAACAUCAACGUUCACAACAAACGCCGUCACAUACCGAAUUAAUUCAAACCCCAAUUAUUGUGGAAGAAGACAUCUCUCCUCCAUCGGUGUCUUCGCCGAAUUUAAAUACCAAACCUAAUUUCAGCAAAAAGUCAAGUAACGGUCUAAGUAAAUCGAACAUCAUCGCUCCCACAACCGAGAAUAUCAAUCAAUCCAACGGUCAUGUCAGCACAGUUACAUCGCCGACACCCUCUCAACAUUCAGUAUUGUCAACAUUAAAAUACUCUCUUCUCAAACAUCAACAACAACAAAAAUCGACGGUGGAAGGCUCAACGAAUACCGAAAAUAUCACCACAAGCCACUCACACGCUACUUCUCUUCAUCCAAUUCAACAAUCAAGUCAAAUUGGUGACGGUGGUGUUGGAAAAACAACAUUCGUCAAACGACAUUUGACCGGUGAAUUCGAAAAGAAAUACAAUGCAACCGUCGGUGUUGAAGUUCAUCCACUUCAAUUUCAAACAAAUCGGGGUUUAAUUGUCUACAACGUCUGGGAUACAGCUGGCCAAGAGAAAUUCGGCGGUCUUCGAGAUGGUUAUUACAUUGGUGGUCAAUGUGCGAUCAUCAUGUUCGACGUGACGUCACGUAUCACAUACAAAAACGUGCCCAACUGGCACAAGGAUUUAAUUCGUAUCGUAAACGCCCGAUCAAAUUACAACUUCGAAAAGCCAUUUCUCUGGUUAGCACGUAAAUUAGCUGGUGAUGCCAACCUUGAAUUUACUGCUAUGCCAGCUCUUAUGCCAGCUGAAGUUCAAAUGGAUAGCGAAAAAAUCAAGGAAUACGAACGGGAAAUAGCCGAUGCUCAAAAUGCAGCAUUACCCGACGAUGACGAAGAUUUGUGA